AUGUCCACGCGGACGCUGCCGCUGCUUUUCUUGAACUUGGGCGGGGAGAUGCUCUACAUCCUGGACCAACGGCUGCGGGCCCAGAACAUCCCCGGAGACAAGGCCCGCAAAGAUGAAUGGACAGAGGUGGACAGAAAACGAGUUAUGAAUGACAUCAUUUCAACCAUGUUCAAUCGAAAGUUCAUGGAGGAAUUGUUCAAACCCCAAGAGCUCUACUCCAAGAAGGCCCUGAGGACUGUCUACGACCGCCUGGCUCACGCCUCCAUCAUGAGACUGAACCAGGCCAGCAUGGAUAAGCUCUAUGACCUGAUGACGAUGGCUUUCAAGUAUCAAGUGUUGCUGUGUCCUCGUCCCAAGGAUGUGCUGCUGGUCACUUUCAAUCACUUAGAUGCCAUCAAGGGACUCAUCCAAGAUUCCCCAACCAUCCUUCAUCAAGUGGACGAGACGUUCCGGCAGCUGACUGACAUAUACGGGGGCCUCUCUGCGGGGGAGUUCCAGCUGAUCCGACAGACACUCCUCAUCUUCUUCCAGGACCUGCACAUCCGGGUAUCCAUAUUUCUAAAGGACAAAGUUCAGAAUUCCAAUGGUCGCUUUGUGUUGCCAGCGUCUGGGCCCGUUCCCUGGGGAACUGAAGUCCCUGGACUCAUCAGAACAUUCAACAGCAAAGGCGAAGAAGUGAAGAAGACAGAGUUUAAGCAUGGUGGAAACUAUGUCGCUGCCCUCAAAGAAGGGUCUCUUGAGCUCUAUGGAGACCGAGUCCUGAAACUGGGAACUAAUAUGUAUAGCGUGAACCGGCCCGUGGAAACCCACAUGUCUGCAGCAUCAAAGAACUUAGCUUCACAGACACAGGAGAGCAUCGUUCCAAACCCUCUUGCUAAAGAAGAGCUGAAUCUCCUGGCCAGGCUGAUAGGAGGCAUGGGGAUUCAGAAACCCAGUGGCCCUGAGCCAGGAUUCCGGUUGAAUCUCUUCACCACUGAUGAAGAGGAGGAACAAGCAGCGCUCACCAGGCCAGAAGAGUUAUCCUACGAAGUUAUCAACAUCCAAGCUACUCAGGACCAGCAGACGAACCAAGAGCUGGCGCGGAUCAUGGGGGAGUUUGAGAUCACAGACCAGUCGAGGCGGAGCGCCAGCAAGGGGGACGACUUGCUCGCCAUGAUGGAUGAGUUAUAG